AUGGCCAAGCAACCGUAUAUUCCACCGUUGAUCGGGUGGCUGUAUGACCUGGUUCUAUGGCUUUUUUCCGUUCUCGUAGACCUCUUCUUUCGGGAGGUACAUCCGCGCGGCUCCUGGAAAAUACCUAGAAAAGGCCCAAUGAUCUUAGUUGCAGCUCCUCAUGCGAAUCAGUUUGUGGAUUCGUUGAUCCUGAUGCGUGUAAUGCGCAGUGAAGCUCGCCGCCGAAUUUCAUGGCUCAUCGCAGAAAAAUCGUUCCGUCGCAAAUUCAUCGGCUUGUUGGCCAGGUCUAUAGGUACUGUACCUGUUGCCAGAGCAAUGGACAAUAUGAAACCGGGCCAGGGCACAAUUUAUAUGCCCGAUCCUAUCAACCAACCCACUUUGAUUCGCGGAGUAGAUACCGAUUUUGAAGGGGUAGGUUUUGAGAAGGACGGAACAAUAGCUCUCCCUACCAUCAAUGGUACUUCACAUAGUGCGACUAUCGCUGAAAUCCGCGGGCCGGCAGAGUUAAUCCUAAAGAAGCCGUUCAAAGCUAAGGACCCCCUCUAUCAGCUCACUGGGAGGAAAGACAUUACGGAUGAUGGGCAACUCAUUGGGGAUGCGUCAGAUACGGAACCCAAAUUCAAGGGCUCCAAAUUCAAGGUGUCCCCUCAUGUGGACCAAACAGCUGUGUAUGAAGCAGUAUUUGCUAGACUCAAUGCUGGAGGAUGUGUUGGUAUUUUCCCCGAGGGUGGUAGUCAUGAUCGUACAAACUUGCUUCCGUUAAAAGCUGGUGUUGCUUUGAUGGCUCUUGGUACGUUGGCGGAUAAUCCAGAUUGUGGCUUGAAGAUUGUGCCCUGUGGAAUGAACUAUUUCCACGCCCAUAAGUUCCGCUCGCGUGCAGUUAUUGAGUUCGGAAAUCCCAUCGAAAUCCCACGGGAGAUAGUCGAGCAAUUUAAAAGAGGAGAAAAAAGAGAAGCUGUUGGUGCUGUCUUGGACACCAUAUAUCAGGGCCUGGUUGCGGUUACUGUGACGAGUCCUGACUACGAGACGUUAAUGGUUAUUCAAGCUGCCCGUCGCUUGUACAAUACCAAAGGGAAGAAGCUCCCGCUCCCCAUGGUUGUUGAACUCAACCGCCGCCUUGUGAAAGGAUAUACGCAUUUUAAAGACGACCCGCGAAUCGUGCAUCUGCGAAAGUCUAUUGCAGAGUAUAACCGAGAGUUACGUCUUUUGGGAAUACGCGACCAUCAGGUUGGAUAUGCGAGGUUUUCUUUCAUCAAAGUCAUUUUCACUUUGAUCUCUCGCCUAAUCAAAUUAUCUCUUCUAACGAUUGGAACACUGCCUGGCUUGCUCCUCUUCACCCCUGUUUUUAUUACAACCAAGGUCAUCUCCAAACAGAAAUCUCAAGAAGCAUUAGCUGCCUCUACAGUCAAGCUACAGGGGCGAGAUGUUAUGGCAACCUGGAAACUCCUCGUUGCCCUUGCGUUUGCCCCAGCUCUCUACGCGUUCUAUACGGUGGUUUUCACCAUAUGGGCCUACCAUAAUCGGAUCCAAAACACUGUCCCAGAGUGGAUGCCGCUGUGGUUGAUUGUGCCCAUUGGCAUGGUUCUGUUCCCUACUAUCACUUUUGCGGCCCUUCGCAUCGGAGAGGUUGGCAUGGAUAUACUGAAAUCCCUGAGGCCACUCGUGUUGUCCUUGAAUCCAUCCUCGGCCAACUCUCUGGUGAAACUUCGCCAGAAGCGUGCAGCCCUUGCCCAACAAGUUACCGAUGCCAUCAACACAUUGGGACCGGAGCUGUUCCCUGACUUUGAUGCUGCGAGGAUCGUCACCGAUCCUUUCCGCGAGAUCAAUAAGCCGGCUGAAAAGGCCGAUGGUGAGCCUGUCCCGGUUCCAGAGAUUAGGAGAACUACCACUACAGACUUUGAGCGAGGCUCCAUCUCACAAGAGCCUCUUCCCCGGAAUGAGUCAUUCCAUAACCUUGCAAACAUCGGCUUCUUCUCCACCCGGCCCUCAAGCCGUAGUCGCAGCCGCAGUAGCUCAUUUGGGGGUCGGCCUGGUUCUUCUGGGCAACAACUGAAGCCACUCAGCCAGCUUACCUCAAGUGAUGGCUUUGAGCAAGUUAGUUCAAAGAUUCGAGACGCCAUGCGGCAGCGCGGUGAAGAGCGCCGGCGCCGGCACAGCGACGACAGCAAUAGCUGGGACAUGGCUAGCUCUGGUCCAGGGACACCUUACAGCGAAGAGAGCCGGAAGGAUAUCUAA